UCCGGGGAUGGUAAUAUUUAUAAUUUACAAUAUCUUUUACUUGAGUAAAAAAAAGUUGUUGUCCAACAGAUUAAUCAAGAUUUUGCUGUACGACAUCCUGGCGCAGGUGAAAUUAUGCUUCACAUGUGGGACUCAAUUUCGCAGCAAAUUUGGAAGUUUGCAAAAAAUGCAAAAACAGACGCUUGUAGGGAAAUUGGAAUUAUCUACAAUAUUAAUGAUUGGUCUGCAGAGCAAAUAAAUGUUGGGUCCCUAAUUCUUCUUCCGUAUUUAUUGUCAAAAUCUGCGUACUCUAAAGUUAACAAGAAACGGCGAAAAAUUACAGGCGGGCAAUCUUCAGAAUUUUUCAUUAAAUUUGUGAAGUCAAAUGACGAUUUGGAAGAAUUUAGAUUGUCAGAAUCGGUGAGAAAGCAGCCGUUUGUUUUAUGUGUUGGAAACUUGAAGAAUCUGGAAAUUCAACAAGCUUACGUCAUGGUCGAAAGGCACCUAAUUUUUGCAGAAUCCCUCGUGAAAGCAGUGGACAUUUGUUUCAAAAUAUUCCACGUUCUGCAGCUACAAUUUCCAGAGGAAUGCUCUAGUGUAUGGUGCUUUUUUGACCAUACAGUCUUUCGAAUCAAGGAAAUUAAGUCGCCAUCAUCGUCAGUUUUGUUUCUUGGAUCCCAAAUUAAUUUGGAAAAUGGAGAAAAAUAAAAUAUACUGGUUUAGGAUUAAUUAAUUUAACAUAUUUAUGUGUGUUUACGAAACUUAAUUUUACAGUACUUACGCGAAAUAAGCAAUAUUCAUUUUCA